CCCAAAAGACGGUAGAGAAAGGAACAAGAAACCGUCGUGGAAGAGCAAAAGGUGAGUGAGUGAGUGAGCCAAACCAAAGAGUUUGACACGACGAAGACCAAAAUCAUUGCAGAGAUGACUACUAAACCCACAUCCACACUCUCGGAGAAAUUACACCUUUAUUUCUUUCACUUCACUUGGGGUUUCAUCGCUAUUGCUUCCUCAUGAAGAAAGCUACUAAUCCCAACCCCUUCUCCACCCCCCGCCGCCACGAUUUCCACCGUCCGCCACCACCCACCCACGGCUGCGGUUGGACUCCCCGCCCAGUCCACCACCGUCCCUACCACCAAUGGAGGCCCCGAUUCCAGCCCCACGCCGCCCGCAUCGACCGCCCUCCGGAGCCUUAUUUCAGGGUGGAGCUCCGCCUCGGCCGCUGCCCCCUCCACCGCGACGACGUCGAGGCCCUGAUCGACGAAUGCCGCUCCAGCCACGACAGCUUCACUUUCUACCCAACCGACGACGUCGCCGCCGUUCUCAACUACCGGAGCUGGGAGCAGGCGCGCGAUGCCGUCGUCUGGUUCUGGGAGGCGCGGCUCGCGGAGAAGCACGAUUUCACGCCGGCGUUGGAUUCCAACGUUGUCGUCGUCAAGGACGAUGUGGAUUGUCGCCUUCGACCGGUUUUCGCGAGGCACGUGAAAGGGUUGAUGAUGAUGGAAGAAGGUAAGGAGGUGAAGUUUUGGAUGGAUGAGUGUGAACGGUUGGCGAAAGAAAUUUCUCGGCUUUCGAGUUCGCUGAGUAAGCCCUUGCGAAUUGGCACGCAAAACGAGCUUAUGAAGAAGAAGAAAGGGCUCGUUGAUGAGAAGAAUCUGGUUGAAAGGAGGUUGAAGGAGUUUGAGUCUGCGAUGCAGUGUUUGUUGAAGUAUUUGGAGGAUGGCGGUGAUGACGUGGAGGGUGUUAAGGUGUUUAGGUUUGAUGGAGGUUUUGAUUGGAAGCGGAUUCACUGUCUUAUCAAAAGGGAGUGUCGGAGGCUUGAGGAUGGGUUGCCUAUUUAUGCUUACCGGAGGGAUAUUCUUCAGGAAAUACAUUAUCAGCAGAUAAUGGUAUUAAUUGGAGCGACUGGUUCAGGGAAGAGUACGCAGCUGGUACAGUUUCUUGCUGAUUCAGGCGUUGGUUCUGACGAAUCCAUUGUAUGCACCCAACCUCGCAAGAUUGCUGCCAAAGCAGUGGCUCAAAGGGUCCAGCAAGAAAGCAGUGGAUGUUAUGAAGGCCAAUCAAUCAAAUAUUGUUCUACAUUUUUAUCCUCGCGUGAGUUUGAUUCCAGGAUAACAUUCAUGACUGAUCAUUCUUUAUUGCAGCACUACAUGAGUGAUAAUAAUUUGUCUGGGGUCUCGUGCAUCAUAAUUGAUGAGGCUCACGAGAGGAGCUUAAAUACAGAUUUUCUGUUGACUUUGUUGAAGAGUUUACUUUGUAGGAGGGUUGAAAUGCGGCUUAUCAUUAUGUCUGCUACAGCUGAUGCAAAGCAGCUAUCUGAUUACUUUUUUGGUUGUGGAAUUUUUCAUGUGCUUGGGAGAAGCUUUCCGGUGGAUAUCAAAUAUGUUCCUUCUGACUGUGGUGGAGAUUCUGGUUCUGCUGUUGUUGCAUCAUAUGUUUCUGAUGUUGUCAGAAUGGCAACUGAGAUUCACAAAACUGAGAAAGAGGGAACUAUUCUUGCCUUUUUGACCUCUCAGAUAGAAGUAGAAUGGGCCUGUGAAAAGUUUCAAGCUGCCUCUGCAGUAGCUUUGCCCUUGCAUGGAAAACUUUCAUCUGACGAGCAGUUCCGUGUUUUUCAGAACUACCCUGGAAAGAGAAAAGUGAUAUUUUCAACAAAUCUUGCAGAGACAUCACUUACAAUUCCUGGUGUUAGGUAUGUGAUAGAUUCUGGGCUGGUUAAAGACAGCAGAUUUGAUCCUAGCAGUGGGAUGAGUGUACUUAAGGUUUGCUGGAUCAGCCAGAGCUCUGCUGAUCAACGGGCUGGUCGUGCUGGGAGGACCGAGCCUGGUGUGUGCUAUAGAAUGUACUUGGAAGCCGAUUAUCAGUCUAUGGACCUAAAUACAGAGCCGGAGAUUCGGAAAGUUCAUCUUGGUGUAGCAGUUCUGAGAAUCCUUGCUUUAGGAGUGAAGGACAUGCAAGAUUUUGAUUUUGUGGAUGCUCCAAGUCCUAGCUCAAUAGAUAUGGCAAUCCGGAAUCUAAUUCAAUUAGGAGCCAUUGAACUGAACAAUAAUGCUCAUGAUUUAACUUCUGAAGGUUGGUGCUUGGUGAGAAUGGGAAUUGAACCUAGGCUUGGGAAACUUAUUCUUGGUUGUUUCAAACAUGGUUUGGGUAGGGAGGGUAUCAUCCUUGCUGCUGUGAUGGCCAAUGCUAGUAGCAUCUUUUGCAGAGUUGGCAGUGAAUUUGAUAAGCAAAGAUCUGAUUGUCUUAAAGUGCAAUUUUGCCAUUGUGAUGGUGACCUCUUUACUCUUCUCUCUGUGUACAAGGAAUGGGAAGCUUUGCCUCGAGAAAGGAAGAACAAAUGGUGUUGGGAAAACAGCAUCAAUGCCAAAUCCAUCAGGAGGUGUCAAGACACAAUUUUGGAGUUAGAAACUUGCCUUGAGCGUGAACAUGACAUUGUUACUCCAAGUUACUGGCUUUGGGACCCUUGUAUGCCCUCUAAUCAUGAUAAGAAUUUGAAAAGGGUAAUACUGUCCUCACUUGUUGAGAAUGUAGCCAUGUACUCUGGCUGCAAUCAACUUGGUUAUGAAGUGGCGCAAACUGGGCAACAUGUUCAACUACAUCCAUCUUGUUCAUUGCUUGUAUUUGCUGAGAAACCAAGUUGGGUAGUUUUUGGUGAGCUUCUUUCCAUUUCUAAUCAAUAUUUGGUCUGUGUGUGUGCAUUUGACUUUCAAUCUUUAUUCAACCUUUGCCCUGCUCCCUUGUUUGAUGUAUCCAAAAUGGAAGAGCGGAAGUUGCUAAUGAAGACACUGUCUGGUCUCGGCUGUAUUCUUCUCAAGAGAUUUUGUGGAAAAGCCAACUGCGAUUUGCUUGCUCUUGUUUCACGUAUAAGGAAAGCUUGUAUGGAUGAACGCAUCUUCAUUGAAGUGAAUGUUGACAAGAAUGAAAUCCACUUAUAUGCCACUUCAAAUGAGAUGGAUAUAGCCCUUGGGUUGGUUAAUGGUGUUCUAGAAUAUGAGAGGAAGUUGUUACGCACGGAAUGUAUGGAUAAGUUUUUGUAUCAUGGGUCUGGUUUCUCUCCACCUGUAGCUUUGUUUGGGUCUGGUGCUGAGAUAAAACAUUUGGAACUUGAGAAACGUUCCUUGAGUGUUGAUGUGUGUCAUCCAAACAUAAAUGAAAUUGAUGACAGGGAGCUCUUGAUGUUUUUUGAGAAGAAUACCUCUGGUUGCAUCUGUGCUGUGCACAAAUUCACAGGCAAUAUGAGGGAUGGAGAUAGGGAUAAGUGGGGCAGGAUAAUAUUUAUGUCCCCUGAUGUUGUCAGAAGAGCUGCUGAGCUAGAUGGACAAGAGUUUUGUGGCUCAUCCUUGAAAAUUGUUCCUUCACAGUUGGGAUGGGAUAAAACAUUUUCGUUCCCUGCUGUUAAAGCAAGAAUUUCUUGGCCUCGUAGGCUUAGCAGGGGAUUUGCCAUAGUUAAAUGUGAUAUAAAGGAUGUCAAUUAUAUCUUGAGAGAUUUCUAUAACCUUGCAGUAGGAGGAAGGUAUGUUCGAUGUGAAAUUGGCAAAAAGAGUAUUGACAGCGUUGUUAUAAAUGGGCUUGACAAAGAGCUUUCGGAAGCUGAAAUAGUGGAUGUGCUAAGAACUGCUACAAGUAGAAGGAUUUUGGAUUUUUUCUUGGUGAGAGGGGAUGCUGCUGGAAAUCCACCAUGCAGUGCUUUGGAAGAGGCACUCCUAAAAGAAAUUUACCCCUUUUUGCCGAAAAGGAACCCUCACAUUAUUCCUUGCCGAGUUCAGGUGUUUGCACCUGAGCCUAAGGAUUCUUUCAUGAGAGCUUUGAUCACUUUUGAUGGAAGAUUACAUUUAGAGGCAGCGAAAGCAUUGGAGCAAAUUGAGGGAAAGGUGUUACCUGGAUGUCUUUCAUGGCAAAAGAUAAAGUGCCAGCAGUUGUUUCAUAGCUCCAUUAUAUUUCCCACUCCAGUGUAUCAUGUGAUUAAGGAACAACUGGAUGAAGUACUUGCAAGCUUCAGGAAUUUGAAAGGUCUUGAAUGCAACCUGGGCAGGACAGUUAAUGGUUCUCACCGAGUGAAGAUAACGGCAAAUGCCACAAGGACAGUGGCGGAAGUUAGAAGACCUCUGGAAGAACUAUUGAGAGGGAAAACCAUUGAGCAUGACAGCCUCACCCCUGUAGUUUUCCAACUCAUGUUGUCCAGGGAUGGCUUUAGUCUUAAAAACUCAUUGCAGCAAGAGACGGGAACUUAUAUUCUUUUUGACAGACACAACUUAAAUUUACGGGUGUUUGGUUCCCCAAACAAGGUUGCUUUGGCUCAGGAGAAGGUGAUACAGUCCCUCCUUUCUCUCCAUGAAGAAAAGCAGUUAGAAAUUCAUCUGAGAGGGAUGGAUCUACCUCCUGAUUUAAUGAAGCAAAUGAUUAAGAAUUUUGGGCCAGAUCUCCGUGGACUGAAAGAGAAGGUACCUGGGGUAGAUCUUACACUCAACACACGUCGCCAUAUAGUCAUUCUUCAUGGUAGCAAGGAGUUGAAACCGAGAGUAGAGGAAAUAAUUUUUGAGAUUGCUCGUUCAAGCCAUCAUUUGGUUGAGAGAUUUGAAAAUGGACCCAGUUGCCCAAUUUGCUUGUGCGAGGUUGAGGAUGGAUACCGGCUUGAAGGCUGUGGUCAUUUGUUCUGCGGGUUGUGUCUGGUUGAGCAAUUUGAAUCUGCUAUUAAUAACCAAGGCACUUUCCCAGUAUGUUGUACUCACAGGGACUGUGGAGAUCCCAUCCUGCUUACAGAUUUGAGAUCUCUUUUAUUUGGUGAUAAGUUGGAGGAUCUUUUCAGGGCUUCUUUGGGAGCUUUUGUGGCAACGAGUGGGGGAGCUUACAGGUUUUGCCCUUCUCCUGACUGCCCCUCAAUUUAUCGAGUUGCAGAUCCCGAGUCUGCUGGUGAGCCAUUUGUUUGUGGGGCUUGUUAUUCAGAGACUUGUACCAGGUGCCACUUAGAGUAUCAUCCUUACCUUUCAUGUGAGAGAUAUCAAGAAUUCAAGGAAGAUCCGGACUCAUCUCUGAAAGAGUGGUGCAGAGGGAAAGAACAAGUUAAGUGCUGCUCGGCAUGUGGGUAUGUAAUUGAGAAGGUAGAUGGGUGCAACCACGUUGAGUGCAAGUGCGGAAAGCAUGUCUGUUGGGUUUGCUUAGAGUUCUUUAGUACUAGUAAUGACUGUUAUAACCAUUUGAGAACCAUACACUUGGCCAUCAUAUAAAUUGCCAUCUGCAUACCAUUUUUCCGAGACGUGUAAUUAAGCCUAGCGGUAUAUAAUAAUACUGUACAUGGAAAUAGCAAUUUGUACAGCUUUCUUAAACUAAUGUAUAUAUAUCACAGCAUUUCCGCUUCAUACUUGUAUAUCUAAUUCUAAUAUAAGUUUCACGGUGUAUA